UGACGCGUUUGUCAUCGUGCAAUGAAGAGUGCUCUGUAGUACGUAAGACGCGCCUGCACGUGUACGGUGAGGUGAAUGUGUCGAGUGUGUUGCCGCGGGCGUCACUUACAAACGCGUCUGCGUCCGAUGUGAUUUGAUGCGUGCGCGAGCGGUGUGCAGAUUCUGGAAGCUCUGUGCAAGUGACAUGGGCUCACAAUCAGUGCUUUGGAGCUAUCGCCGGAAAAUGAUAACGAGCGAAUGUUUUUUGCUUGCCGUUUUUUUGUUAUUCGUUUUUAUCAAAGGUGUUAACAAGCCAGGAGGAAGAAAGCAAAGCGCAAUUAACCGUUGGAAGAAGAAGGGCGCGAUAGGGGAGGAAAAGGGAGUUCCGUUCGAUAGACGAUGCUUGAUGAUGAUGAUGCUUCGAUUUCGAUUUCCGUAACCUUGGCAACGAGUGUAGCACAUUAACGAGUUGAUCUGUUGGUGGCGCGGCGCGUGCGUGAUUUCGUGUGUGAGAGAGAGAGCGAGAGUGAGGGAAAGAGCUGGACGGAGAGUUGAAACGGUUGAUAGGGAACCGGUUAGAGGAAGAAAUUGGAUAAGAGCUUCAUUUGUUAUAUUUCUUAUCACAAAUUUCAAAACAAACGUCGCCAUUAUAUUAUUCUUCGCUUGUCUGUUUCUGACCGAUACUCGUGCUCUCAUGCCAGAGUUCGCAUUAUAUGAUCGAGUGCUACGCUACUGGAUGUACGUAAUCCAACCGACCUACCAGAGACAAACAUUCCACCCAAAGCAUCCACUUGUGAAUGUCUCAAAAAUAAGCUACUUGAACUACGAUCCACCAGGGCAGGAAGAAAGUCCUUUAAAGCCGUGCUGAAGAAAUCGUAGACUAAACCAAAUCACCCCGGAAGAUAACAUUCAUCCGCAGUAGCGAUCCAACCGGAGCAGAACAGAAAAUAAGUAGAAAUCCUUACGCGUGACUUGAACUAUUUUUUUUUUCUUCGCCUAGCUCCACUAGGGCCGUGCCGUGCCGUGCUCACCGCUAUACUUGGUGCCUCUGAUACGGUUAUCGAUAAUCUGUGCGAAUUAGCGCUAUCUUGAUGAGGGAUUAACCUGACAGACUUUCGUGCACCGUUUCGAACGGGUUGUACGUCGUGUGGCCAUUCGAACGGCGGAACCCCAAAAAGCAGGGAUCCUAACGCCCGGUAAUCUCCGGCAACCGAAAACAAUCAAUCGUGUUAAGUAAAGCAUCUACGCGGGCGCGUGACGUGCAACAUCUCUCACUGGCAUACAAUGCUCUAACGCUCGUCCCGUCGCCCUCGCUGAAGAAAUUCCCAAACGUUCGUCUACUCUCGAUGAGUGGUAAUUUCUUUACCGAGUUCUAUGAUCACUCAGCCGAGCACAACAGGCUACCGCAACUUACAAAACUGCGCGUGCUCGAUAUGCGAAACUGUAGCCUCCGGACCCUUCCACCCGACUUCUUCAAGAACGUUAAUCUACAAUAUCUCUUCCUAUCGUUCAAUCACAUCACAACGCUCCCGCCCGAGAUCUUCUACCCGCUGCGCAGUUUGCUCCACCUAGACCUGUCCAACAUGGACACGCGCCGCGUCGGUGAGGAGCGCAUCGAGAAUCCGUUCAUGAAACUGAUCGCCGGUGUCGAUCUUCACCAGGACAUGUUUUUCCCACUCAUCAAUCUAGUGUUUCUCGAUCUGUCCAACACUCGGCUCGAGUACCAGGCGUUCAUUGCGCUGCGGUCGGUCCAGCGGCGGGUGAAGUACGUCAGCUACUGCAACAUCGGGCUGCCCGCGAUCGUGGACUAUUUGUUUCUGGCGAAAUCGAUCGAAAUGCUUGACAUUUCGUACAACGUCGGCGUAGCGCAAUCGCUCCACUCGGCCAGCUUCACACUGCUGGCCAACAGCAUCGAGGUGCUGUACUUCAAAGACUCGAUGGUGCAGCAGCUGAACUGGUUGGCUCCGUUGCAGAAGCUGCGCGUGUUAAACCUGCGCGGCAAUAUACUGCGCAUGCUGCAUCGGGAAAGCUUCGCCAACUUGAGCAAUCUCGAGCAGCUGGAUCUAAGCUACAACUACAUCUCGGCCUGGAACCAGCAGGUUUUUACCUCGACCGAGGCACUGGAGAGCGUAAAUCUGCGCAACAACAGUAUCGUCAUACUGACCACCGAUAUGCUGUACGAUUUCUCACGCCUGUCGGCGAUGGGCCUGGGUGGCAAUACGAUCCAGUGCUCGUGUAACUACGUCAAGUUUUUGCGCAACAUUCUCCACAACAGGACGGAUGUGCCGGGCGCGUACACGAUUUCGGCGGAACCGUUGAUCGUGGGUAAGCAUGGAAUCGCUCCCAGCGUUCCAUCGACCAAGCUUUCGCUACAGCACGUUCAGCUGUUCGAUUACGAUGAGUCGGAGUAUCUGUGCAUGAACUUUACCAGCAAUCAGAAGCUCGAUCCGCUGGAACUGGUCGACUGUAUGAUACCGGACGAUGAGCUGAUCAAUGCGGAUCUGCCGGAGCUGGAGGCACCGGUGGAGCAGGAACAUGUCAGGAACUAUGCACUGGUGUACAUACUGGUCAGCGUUGCGGUGAGCUUCCUGAUCGUGUGUGGGGUCGGGCUGUUCUACUACUGGUUCCACAUAAAGUACUUCUUCAAGAUCAUUAAAAACUCGGCCGUGCUAAGCUUCUUUAACGACGACAAGCUGUAUCUGGACAAGAGUGGACUGCUGAAGGAGGCCGACUUCCACUACGAUGUGUUUGUCAGCUACAGCAAUGCGGAUCGGACGUGGGUGCUGGAUCAGUUACUCCCGAACAUGGAGGGUGUAAGCCAGAUCAAUCUGUGUUUGCAUGAGCGGGAUUUUGAGGUUGGAUACGGAAUUUUGGAGAACAUAAUUUCGUGCAUGGACCGAUCGCGCUGCCUGAUGCUGAUAGUGUCCGAAAGCUUCCUGCUCAGUCACUGGUGUCAGUUUGAGAUGCAUCUUGCUCAGCAUCGAUUGCUUGAAACGCGUAGAGAUGAACUCAUCCUGGUACUCCUUGAGGACCUUCCCAAGCGCAAAUGUCCCAAAACGCUCAGCUAUCUGUUGAAAACGAAAACGUACAUCAAAUGGCCAACGAAAUCGGCCGACGAGCAGUUGCUGUUUUGGAAGCGAUUGCAUAAAGCGCUGCUGGCGGCAAAAGGAUAGCAUACUGUCAGGCGCAGCAGAUGUGAAUUCACCACCGAAGAGCGUUAUUCACCACGGCAGAAUUCACCGCUGUAGAACAGUUUCGAAAGCGAAUCGUGUCGAAGCGGUUGGAGUGCUUAAUCUACGUACAACAUAAAUUGUUAAAUAUAAAUCACACACACACACACACGCACUGCUCAUUAUUGACAUGUUUUGUAUACUGCAUCUCUGCUGAAGGAAUAUUUUCUUUAGCUUAAUAAAUAGUUUUGUUAAUUUUAAUCUGUACAAACUUC